AUGUCACCCGAAAUGGCAGCCUACUUCGCGCAAGCCGAUGCAGCGGUAGCCCACGCAAUCAGUGGCUACGGGCCUCGCCUGCAGCUCCCAGCACUUAACGCGAUAUGCGGUAGCAAGGAAGAGUACGACGAUGCAAAAGGGAAGCAAUACGCCGCGACCAAACCGCCGAAAGACUACAAACCUGCGCGAGAGACAUUCUUCGAUGACCUGGAUCAGCGCAGCGCUCACAUCAAUCGGGAUGUCAUCAUGGCGGCGAGACUCUCGAUAUACCGCUUCGGAGCCAUCAGCGUAGAGGACGUCUGGGACAAGAUUGCGCACUUCUUCCCGAAACAGACCUUGCGCAAGCAUUGGCAGCGUUGUGCUGCAGUCGAGCAGAAUGCUAGUCUCGAAUCCCGACGCGCAUUCCAUCUCUUCGUUCUGCGCACCAUUCACCGUACCAGUGGACUUGGAUUCUGGAUGGCGCAGUCGAGAUUCCACGACCGCUACGACACCUUCGAAGCAUGCUACGACGAACUGCCACUAUACUGUGACACCAAGACGCUCGUAGAGGAAGGAAAGACCGUUUCGUUGGAAAACAUCCACGCCGUCGACACCAAUCCCGCGACCAUGGACAAGACUGAUGUUCGACAUUCGUACAAACUGUUGAACAAAACACGGUUCCUCAUGAACUGCGAAGCCGCAUACAAUUCCCUGCUCCGUGGAUUAGGAGACAACGCAACCUUAUGGCCUGCCCGAUGGGCUUGGCAGGGAUCCGCAAGAACGGCUCAGGUACAGGCGAUUGAAGCCUUGACGCACGACCUGCAAGACGUGCCGAGCACAUACUUUUGGCUGGAUUACGAACCACCCAGACGGCCAGUCGCCCCUAUCAAUGAUCCCGUCAGCCAAACAGGGCGCGAAGUACAGGACCUCGUGGCAUUGCAGAAUGCCAGGGGGAAGAGUGACACGAUUCCAGUGCGGAGAAGCUUAUGUUUGACCAAUGUCUUCCGCACUGCUAUUGCGUUUGACACAUGA